UAACAAUUCCUGUCUCUCUGUAACAGGGCCAGGAGAGCAGCUAAGAGGCUAUCCCAGAACCCAAGGGAUCAUUCAGUGAUAGACACCUUACCACCCUCUUGCUGCAAAACCCAGAAUCAGCAAAGAAAUGCAACUCACCUUCCCUGCCUUAUUAUCCUUUGGGAUAUUAGGGUUGUGCCUAGCUGCUGCAGGGCAACAAGUGAGAUGGUGUGUCCAAUCAGAAAAUGAGCAGAAGAAAUGUAACGAGCUUAAAGAGGUCCUGAUGGGUACCACGAGCCCAAGUUUGACCUGUGUAAAGAAAAUUUCCUACAAGGACUGUUUCAGGGCUAUCUGGAAUAAUGAAGCUGAUGCCAUUUGUGUUGAUGGUGGCUUAGUCUAUGAAGCAGCUGUGGCCCCCUUUGAUCUGAAGCCUAUCAUAGUUGAAGACUACGGCUCUGAAGAAGAACAGCAAAUUUCCUCCUUUGCUGUGGCUGUUGUGAAGAAGGGAACUGAUUUCCAACUCAGGGAUCUCAAAGGCAAGAAGUCCUGCCACACUGGCCUGGGCAUGUCAGCGGGGUGGGUCACCCCCAUUGGGAAGCUUGUGCAGCUUGGUGUGUUGGACUGGAACAAGAUCAAUUAUCCUAUUGAGAAUGCGGUAGCUGAGUUCUUCUCUGCCAGCUGUGUGCCCUGUGCUUUUUGGACAAAUUCUCAGCUGUGUCGUCUGUGCAUCGGAGUGGGGCCUGAUGAGUGCGCCUGCUCAGACAGAGAACCUUACUUUGGCAGCUCGGGAGCUCUCAAGUGCCUGAAGGAUGGUGUUGGGGAUGUGAGUUUUAUGGAGCAUACAACACUUUUAGAGAUGCUCCCAACUGCGGCUGAAAGGGAUGAAUUUGAGCUGCUCUGUGAGGAUGGUACCAGGAGGCCAGUGGAUGAGUACAGGAAAUGUCACCUAGGCAAGGUCCCCGCUAAUGCUGUUGUGGCCCGAAGAGUGAAUAGCAAGGAGGAUCUAAUUUGGAAUCUUCUUUCUGAGGCACAGGAAAGGUUUGGCAAGGGCAAAUCGGAGACAUUUCAGCUCUUUGGUUCCCAUCAUGGAAAGGACCUGCUGUUUAAAGACUCAACCAACAGGUUUCUGAGGCUCCCUCCUAGGAUGGAUCAUGAGCAGUACCUGGGCUAUGAGCACAUGAAGGCUGUGAAAACUUUGACAGUGUCUGAGACUUCUCCCUCGAUAUCCAACAGAGUGAGAUGGUGCGCAGUGAGCAAGGAUGAAGAGUCCAAGUGCGUCGAGUGGAGUGCGGUCAGCGGUUUAGCCAUUAACUGUGUUGUGGCAGAAACCGCAGAAGAGUGCAUCGACCAGAUUAUGAAAGGAGAAGCUGAUGCCAUGAGCUUGGAUGGAGGAUUCAUCUACAUUGCUGGCAAAUGUGGUCUGGAGGUUGUUCUGGCAGAGAAUUACAAGACUAAGGAUUCCAAUCAUGGGCAAGGGCCUCUUUGCUCCACUAAACCAAUCGAAGGCUAUUAUACUGUGGCAGUUGUCAGGAAAUCAGAUGCUGAUCUCAAGUGGGGCUCACUACAAGGCAAAAAGUCCUGUCAUACAGCAAUGAACAGAGUUGCUGGUUGGAGCAUUCCUAUGGGCCUGAUACACAAUCAAACCAACUCCUGUGAAUUUGAUAAAUACUUCAGUGAAUCUUGUGCUCCUGGUGCUCCUGUUAAUUCUAGCCUCUGUGCCUUAUGUGUUGGCAAUCCAGAGACAGGGGGUUUGAACAAGUGUGCUGCCAACAGCAAAGAGAAAUAUUAUGGCUACACAGGGGCUUUCAGGUGUCUGGCUGAGAAUAAAGGAGAUGUUGCCUUUGUGAAACACAGCACUGUCCUGGAGAAUACAGAUGGCCGGAACCAAGAGAGCUGGGCCCAAAACUUAAAGAGUGAGGACUUUGAACUACUGUGCUUAGACGGAAAACGGAAGCCUGUGACAGAGGCUAAAGACUGCCAUCUGGCUCAGGCCCCCAAUCAUGCUGUGGUCUCACGGCCAGAUAAGGCAGCAUUUGUCCGCCAUGUGCUGUUGAACCAACAGGACCUCUUUGGGACCAAUGGGACAGAAUGGCAGAUGUUUCAGAUGUUUCAAUCAAGGAACAAAGACCUCCUGUUCACAGACAACACUGAAUGCUUGUCGGUCGUUCCAGACAAAAGAACCUAUGAAAAAUAUUUGGGACCAGAGCAUAUCAAGGUCAUUGAGUCUCUGAGAAAAUGCUCAGAUGCUUCAGACCUCCUAUCUAUCUGCGAGUUCAUUAAUCCUUAGAAACCUAGUAAAGCGGGAUGAUCUUCCAGAUGGGCUUACAACCCAGAAUGACCACUGCCAAUAUGAUGGAGGCUCUCACUUCUUGUUAACAGAUGAUCUCAGAGAGGAGUCUGGGCUAAUUUCAUGAACUUUCAUGCUUACCUGCUGUCACUUGAGCAAGAAAUAAAGUAGAUGAAUGUCA